CGGAGGCGGCAGAGGGGCCCGGGACCCACGGCGCAGCCAGCGGCAGCACUACCGGCAGCAGCGGCAGAGGCAGAGCUCGUCAGCAGCCGUCCGCCACCGCAUGCCCGGGCGGGCGGAGGCGUCGCCGUCCAUGCGGGGCGGCGGGGCGUGAGGGGCGGCAUGAGCCAGAGCGAGGUGUCGGCGUGCGCGGCGCCGCCGCCCAGCCAGCGCGUCUUCCAGGAGGCGGUGCGGCGGGGCAACACCAAGGAGCUUCAGUCGCUGUUGCAGAACAUGACGAACUGCGAGUUCAACGUCAACUCCUUCGGGCCCGAGGGGCAGACGGCGCUGCACCAGUCCGUCAUCGACGGCAACCUGGAGCUGGUCAAGCUCCUGGUCAAGUUCGGCGCCGAUAUCCGCCUGGCCAACCGGGACGGCUGGAGCGCGCUGCACAUCGCCGCCUUCGGGGGCCACCAGGACAUCGUCCUCUACCUGAUCACCAAGGCCAAAUACUCCGCCGGAGCCCGGUGAUGCCGGGACCGCCGCCCCCACCCCGCUCCCCCGGCCGUCGAAGCUGCUCCUGCCCCCGCGGGGUUCGUUCAGCGAGGAUUUGGGGGCCCCCCACAACAUACGGCACCGGCCUCCAGCUCUCAGUUUGUUUUGGUUUGGUUUUCCUUCCAAGGGUUGUUUUCCUACUGUAACAUGCGGUUUUUUCCUCCAUCUACCUCGGCUGCACUCACAGUAUUCACGGUUUCAGUUUGACAUCUGGGCAGAUGCUUUAAAGGCUCCCCUGUCCCUCCCGGCUAAUAUUUAAUCCCCCCUCCCCGCUCCCCUCACUCCCUUCCCGCCCAUUUAAAGUAUUCUGGCUCAGAAACGAAUUCAUUUCAACGCUCCCACCCCCCCAUCCCCCACCGUUACCGAAUGGUGCUGGUGUCCCCCCUCCCGGAGCCAAGAGCGGGACACCCCGGGACGGUCUGGGAGCCCCCGGCCGCCUUCAUCCUCCGACCAGCUUCUCCCAGGGCUUGCCCACCGCUGGGUGUUUUUCCGAGGUGACCCCGUUGGAAUAUGCCAGACGCGGUUUUCUCACCCCCAUCGCUCCUUUCGUGUUUUAUUUUGCGUUGGGUUUCCUGUUUUGGUUCUUUUUUUUUUAAUUGUUUUUUGUUGUUGUUGAGUGUCUGAAGAAAGUCUGCAUCCUGACCCGCUCCUUGAAUCCACUUAGCACGUGUGAGAUCCCAGGAAAAGACAUUGAAUCCUCUGGGUUUGUGUGUAAAGGGGGAUUAGCAAAUCCUGGACUUUCUUUUUUCCUUUUAACAAAAACGAAAAGAAAAAAAAAAAAAAAAAACAAAGAACAGAAAAAAAAGGAGUGAAAUAAACUCUCGAGGCAGAGGAUUUGCUUUUGCACAGAAGAGGGGCGUGAGCGCUCUCUGCUGCCUAGAGAGAUGCCGGAAAACUACUGAAAAUAGUUUGGGAACUUUUUUUUUUUUUUCCUCUUGGCGAAACUUGGAUAACACUUCACAAUGCAGGACGAUCCACGCGUGCGUGUGCCGAGCCACCCGCCUUUUAUACCAUAUAUAUAUAUGUGUGUGUCUAACCUGCCUGAAUAUAUAUAUAUAUUUAUAAAAGAGGGAGGAAGAAGAGGAAGCCACCCGGAGUCGCGUUUUGAAGUGACUGCACCUAUCACCGCAAAUGCUGCUUUCGGUUUUUGGGUUGGGUUUUUUUGUGUGUGUGUGUUUUUUUGUUUGUUGGUUGGUUUGUUUUGUGAUUAUUUUUUUGUUGUUGCUGUUGUUUUUAAUGCUAUGGCACAAGAACAUCCAUUGGGAAGAUGCGGAAAGUUUCAGAAGUCUCCUUUUCUCCCGCUGGUCUUUUCAGCCCUCUUCGUCUGCACUAAACCAUCCGUGUGGCUGCCGUGUCUCCGCCGUCUCGCCGCCGUCUCCCUGCCUUCCUCCUUCCGCUCCCCGCAUCCAAACCAUUACGAUUAAACAAGACAAAAAACAAAAAAGAGUUACCUGCUGGUUGAUUUGGGUUGUGUCUUAAGUAUUUAUCAUGUCUGUAUAUAUUGGUGGGUGAAGACUGUGAGCCUGGUUUUGUCUGAAGCCGGUGGUGAGUGUCUCAGAAAUGCAGUUUGGGGAAACCUGCCCUUUUUCGUUUGUUUAAUUCCUAGUCUUAAAACUAACUCGAGCCUGCCAUGCCUAUGUCCUGUUGCACUGAACAUUCUGCUUUUUCUCUGCUGGUUUCACCUGCGGUUUGGUGGUGUGGUUGGUUUGGGGUUUUUUUCCUCCACUUCAACGAUUUGUGAUGACUUUAUUAAAAGCUUCAGGUUUGAAGAAAAUGGAAGAAGAAGGAGAAAAAAAAAAAAACCCAAAAAGCCCUGUCGAGAGCAUCUGCUGUCAAUGCUGUAGUUGGUGAGGGACUGCUCGGCCGGAGUCUUUCUGUCAGCAUGGAAGGGGGUGCCCAGCACUUCCCACUGGCACUUGUGUGCGAUACUUUCGGGGUGGGAACAAGCUCUUUUCUUAGAGAGGUUUUAUUGUCGUUACCAGAUGGUUGCACAUUUAUCUUCUUUUUUUUUUUCCUUCUCUUUGUUGUUAUUCGUUUGUUCGUUUGACUAAAUGGAUUUGCCACGAUGAAAUGUCAUAACAUUUAUGACAUGGUAUUAAAAAAAAAAAGAAAAAGGAAAGCAAUGUAUUGUAAAGCCAAGUUCUAGAUGGAGUUUAAGAGAAGAAGCCUUGGUUAUAAACCCAGUCUAAAGGGAGCUGUGUCCAGUGUUGUAAAGACAACGUCGGUGAUGUAACCCAUAUUUAUAUUUUUAUAAAAUACCUGCUCAGACUGUGAAUCUCCUGCCUGAACGGCUGGGUGAGUCCUUCCAGAAAAGUAUUGUUCCUUUCCAGCCUCCUGGGGCUUUGAGACAGCCGAGACGAGGUUGGGAGCUGUCGGCGGGGGAAGGGGGUUUGCUCUGAAGUCCUCAGUUGAUGUAUUUUUACAUCCCUUUGUAUUUUACUGAAAAAAAAAGAAAAAGAAAGAAGCUGCUGCCCUUCCUUAGUCCCUCGAGUUUCAAUUUUCUAUGCAACCCCCGCACUCCCGUGUCUCUCUUGAUCCUGAGAAGUAAAAGGGAUGCAGAUCGAUUCAAAUUGAAAUGAGGGGUUUCCCCCACCACCGCCCCCCACCCGCACCCCCCCUCGUUGGCUCAUCGUGCUGCUGACCCUUCAGGCCAAAACGGGGAGGCCAAGAAGAAAUAAAACCGAGUAGAGGCAGGUGGGGGGAGGCUCUUUUGUGCGUGACUGUGGUCGCCUCCUGGCAGUCAUCUUUUAAUUAUUAUUAUUAUUUUUGUAAGAAGAAUAUAUUGAUAAUGUCAGUGGAAUAAGCAGACAUUGAAGCUGAUGCACAGAUUGCUCCAGGAAGGAGUUUUUCUGUAGAUGUUUUUUUUCCUCUAGCUGCGAAAUGCCUUUUUUAAUUAUGUUAAUUAAUGUUAAGGACCUUUGUUGUUUUUUUUUUAGGCUUAUAUUGAAGCUGUAUGUGGGUCACUCUAUGAUCAUUUCUAACUGGAUAAAGUCUGUACAGUACAGCAUAUUCCUGAGUGUAUGAUAGAGAUGUGUAGCCCCAGAGUGCAGAAUUUAUAAAUAAAUUUUUCAUUGAUCUUUUUAUAAAAAAAAACGCAAAAA